AGAGGCGGCAGCUGCGGCGGCGCCUGUCGCACGAGCGCGUAGAGCAGCGGCCGCAGCUCCGGGGCCGCCGCUGCCCCGGCUGCCAUGAGUUGUGCGGAGGUGAUGUAUCACCCCCAGCCGUAUGGAGCGCCCCAGUAUCUGCCCAACCCCGUGGCAGCUGCAACCUGCCCCACAGCCUAUUACCACCCGGCGCCCCAACCUGGCCAGCAGAAGAAGUUAGCGGUAUACAGCAAGAUGCAGGACUCUCUGGAAGUCACCCUUCCCAGCAAACAAGAGGAGGAGGAGGAGGAGGAGGAGGAGGAGGAGGAGGAGGAGAAAGACCAGCCUGCCGAGAUGGAGUACCUUAACUCUCGCUGUGUCCUUUUCACUUAUUUCCAGGGAGACAUUGGGUCAGUAGUGGAUGAACACUUCUCAAGAGCUUUGGGCCAAGCCAGCACCCUUCAUCCAGAAUCUGCCAUUUCAAAAAGCAAGAUGGGGCUAACCCCCUUAUGGCGAGACAGCUCAGCUCUCUCAAGCCAGCGGAGUAGUUUCCCGACUUCCUUUUGGACCAGCUCUUACCAGCCCCCAUCUGCACCCUGUUUGGGGGGAGUUCAUCCUGACUUCCAGGUCACUGCACCCCCUGGCACCUUUACUGCCGCUGACCCCAGCCCCUGGUCAGGACAUGGACUGCAUCAGACUGGCCCCGCCCCUCCCCCUCCCGUGUCCGAGUCCUGGCACUACCCUUUGGCAUCUCAGGUGAGCCCGUCCUACAGCCACAUGCAUGAUAUGUACAUGCGGCAUCACCACCCCCACAUGCACCACCGCCACCACCACCACCACCACCACCAUCACCACCACCCUUCUGCUGGCUCUGCCCUGGAUCCAUCCUAUGGGCCCCUGCUGAUGCCGUCUGUGCGUGCGGCCAGGAUUCCCGCUCCCCCGUGUGACAUCACAAAAACAGAUCCGACUACAGUCACCACUGCUACCUCAGCGUGGGCCGGAGCCUUUCACGGAACCGUGGACUUAGUGCCAAGUGUGGGGUUUGAUACAGGUCUACAGCAUCAAGACAAGAGUAAGGACUCACCAUGGUACUGAAACACACAGUAUUAGCAAGUUAGAUUGAAGCGUGAAUCCAUGGGCCCACUGGGAAAAGAUGCUGCCAGGGUUUGUCAUUCUGCAGUGGGACACAGUAGACAUGGAAGGAAAAGAGGAAGUGUUAUCCAGCUGACUUUGGUUUGGAGCCUUUUCUUGAGAAAGCAGAGUGGGUCAUAGACAUUGAAGAAAAGCAUUUUUGUUUAUUUUUUCCCUCAUCUGAGCCUUUGCCAACUGUGCAACUCUCUUUUAUUUUUUGUCUUGCUUUUAACAAUACAUGGUUUAGUUUUUGUUUCAGUUCAACACUUUUUUUGAGUUUUUUUUUUUUUUUUCUUUUUGAACCAACCACCUUGUCAGGAAAAGAUGAACCACAAAGAAAAUGAUCAUUCUUUCAGGAAUACAAUUUUGUAGCUCUAUGUGCAUCUAUUUUUGUAAAAAUACAGAAAGUUUGAUUUAGCAUUGAUGGGCUAUUUUUGAGGGAUGUGGGUUUUUUUAAAUAUUGUAACAAUUGUUAAGUUCUGUUUAAAGAACUUGCUCUCAGAGAAGCACUGGCAAAAAUGUUUAAAAUGCUUGGCUUUAAGAUGUCUGUGAUACGCUCUGUGCUUUCUAGCUUACCUCAGAUGUUUGAUAGUUUCUCCUUUUUACAGAAGUAGCACCAUAGCCAAGCCAACAUGGUAUUAUUUUACAUUCAAUCUCAGUGAAGAUUUAAUUCCAUGCUAGCUCACUUAGCUCUGAGUUAUAUGUAAAGCUUGAAAAGGAAGUUUUUUAAUGAUCAUACUAAAGAAAGGCUAUUUCAUUACUUUGAUUUCUCCCAAAGACUGCUUGGAGGUUGACUAAGAAGAAAGUUGGCAUAAACUUUCAAUCAGAUGGAGAGUUUGCCUAGAGUAUAUAAUUAUCUUUCUAGUCCAUCUGACUUUGAAAAAUGGAACCAGAAUUUCUAUCCAACUACUGGAAAAAAAAAUUUAAUCAUGCUACCUUUGAGUGCCAGUGACUUAUUUUUCUUGUUUAUAAUUAUUCAUUCAUGGCAAUUUUUUGCCAUAUUUUAAGUGAAUUUUUUUUUCCUGAAGAUAGUUUGAAGGGAUAAUAUUUGGGAAGGUACUAGACACAUCACAAAGCCUUUAAUUCAAUGGCUGUUUCUGAGAGUGUUACCCAUCAUUUUAAAUUGAAAAAUAAUGUAUUGCAUAUGUAAUAUUUUAAAUCAGUUUUUGCGUCUUUUUUGUCUGUUUAACGCUGGUUUUAGUUGAUUUAGUUCUUUUUAAGAAAAAAAUGGGGGCAAGAUAAAUUUAAAUUGGGAUUUAUACUAUAAUUACUGAAAUUAGGUUAAUAAAUUGACAACUUAUCUGAAAUUUAUUACUGAGGACUCAGGAUUCAACUUGACAUGGCCCUCAGGACCUAAAUAAGAAAAAGUUGGGAUUAUCAUUAAAAUGCUAUUAGGAAAAGAUUAGGUUUAUAAAAGUAGCCGUUAUUGGUAUUUUAAGGACUUCCAAUGUAAAGUCCAUUCUUUCAUUUGCUUCCAGAGAUGGCUCAUAUCAAAAAGGUAGUAUUAUAUAGAAGUUUUAGUUUGUUAAAAAUGUUUCUCAAUUUUUCCCAUCUCUGUCCUCACCCAUGUGAAAUUAAAUGUUUAGUGAAAUAACAUUUUCCAUCUUAAAUAGUGUAUCUCAUAUGUGUGAACAUUUUAGAUACAAGAACAACAUAGUCUCUGCUUAGCUAGGCAGAGUUCUCACAGAUAAUUUUCAAAUAUUUCCCUUAACUCUAUUUUUAUGCCAUAAUCUUCUUUCCUGGUGCGUCUUAUCAGUUAUAAAUCUAUACACUCUCUUGUAUUUUCAUCACUAUAUUGCUUCUUAACCAGACUACUCUUAACCCAGUAUACACAUUUAACCUAAUGUGAGGUCCAAACGUAAGGAAUCUUCCACUUACUAAUGAUAUGAACUUAGAUUUCUAGGGAGUGGCUUGGUUAAAUUAUCUACAUUUUUAUCUACAAUUUGAUUUGAUACAAUUAUUUGUAAUUUGCCUAAAUCUGUGUAGCACAAGGUUGAAUGAAUCUAUAACAUUUGUUUUACUUUGUGUCCUCCUGAAUUCUCAAAGACCAGUGUUCAGUAGCUCCCAUGGUAUGACUCACUGGGGAUAUUUAUUUUCCUCCUCUUCCCUUGGAACCUGUUAACUUCCUUUGCAGUUUCUCUUAGAGCAGUUUUGUACUCCAACUCAUUCAGAUCGUUCAAUUGGAUUUUCCCAAUUAUGAGAAGAAACGUAUUGACUUUCUGCCCGUUUCCUUACUCUCCACUGAAUUGAAUGUAAGGCAAGAGAGCAGACAAUUAGAUAGCUUCACCCUGAAUUUAGGGUGACACUUUGCCCUGUGUCACUCCUGGUAAAUAUCUGAUAAAACAUUCCUUGGCUCAGAGGACCCAAGAAAAGUUGGGGAUCUGAAUUCUGCUGUACACAGGAGAGAUUUGUGAGUGAGAUCCCCCAUUGAGAACAGGCCCAGGUGUUGCUUGGCACAUCGCAGGGACUGGAUCCUUGCCUAUACAAGGAGUGGAUCAAAAUGUGAGUCAAAAAAGAUGAGUGCCUGUCUCUGUAAUUGUCUCACAUCCCAUUGCUACAAUCAUAUUACUAUUACCACCGAAGUCAUAAAAGAGGAUGAGUUGUAAUUUAGUAUGAUUCUGAGUUUAAGUUUAAAAUGCUGUCACUCUCUGGGUUGGUUUUCUCGCACCAAAAUGAUACUGUUAAUUUUGGAGGCUUCCAGACUGCUUUAUUGAGGGCUACCAUCUCCCUCCGCAAUUUCAUUUGCAACCACUCCACCUUUGGUUAUUUUAUAAAUUAGGCUUUAUUCAAGCUUUCUAAAGAUCUGUGAGCUAGAUCCUAGAAAAUCAUCUCAUUGAUUUGACAUCUAAUCUAUGCUUCAACCACUAAACUAUCAUGAAAUAAGAAACAACAAAAUAGUGAUUAGGUAGAUCUUUACAGGUUAUUUGGUUUUUCACUGUUUAUUUGAAAAGCACCUCUGAAGGUAAAACUCAAUGCUUCAUCUUAAGAAGGUUAACCGUCCCCUCCUAACUUUCCCCUUUAGCUUUUUUCCUCUCUCUUUCCUCUUAGAGUUAUUUACAUUACUAUUUUAAGCAAAAAUGGCCGGGAUUGCUCUACAUUUUGCAAAUGAUAACAAGUGGUUUGCAAAUAAUUGAGAGAUUAAUUUCUUCAACGUUGUAAAAACCUUUUUUUAAAAAAAAUUCUAGGCACUGGCAUAAACUGUGCCCUUGAGGAGCUCGUUAUUCAUUAUACAAAUGGCAAUCAGAAACUAUAUUUUUAGAAACUGCAUUCUAUCCCUUACUGAGUGCCCCUUGGUUAUGUAAUGUUUGCCAAAUUAAGUCAAUGGGGCAAUGGUACUAAGAGGUAGAAAAGGCUAGUAUUUAUGUUACAGUUCGACUAGAGGAUAAAUAGAGAAGCAGAAUGAAUUAAUGAAAAAAAACCCAACAACAUUGGCUUGGACAUUAGGUCAUUUUCUGAAUUCUGGUUUAGCCAUAAUUAGAUGUGUGUUUUGGUGUUUCAUUUAUUUAUCUCAUGAGUAAAGUGGGAUAAUAAUACCUAACUGGCAGGCUGGAAAUCGUAUAUAUAUACUCAAUCAUCUGGCUCAUAGUAGACAUUCAAUAAAUGACAGAUACCACAAAUACCUAUCAGCUGAGUAAGUAAAUCAUAAAAUUGAGCUCCCAAACAUCACUUCUGUUUACUUUCCACACCCAUUUCUGUAGCAAUCAAAUAGUUAUGACUGUGCUUUUCUGUAAGAAAUUGUUGCAAGAGAAUCUUUGCCUUCUACUAGAUGUUGAAGAUAAAACAUAAAUUUCUAAAUUAUCUCUAUUUUAGUGUGCUGUUUAUGAAGGAAAAUAAAUUAACCUUUUAGUGGUAUGUAGACCCAACUUUGAGUUUUCUUACAUGUUCCAAACUUUUAUUCAUCCAGGACCCUGUGUAUUAUUGUCCCCAAAAUUAAAGUGACAGUUUCAUGAAACCACCAAAGUUUUAACUUUUUCAUUAUAUUUUGGGCUUCCUUAGCACCUAGAAUAAAAAAUCUCUUUUGAAGUUAUCCCCUUUUUUUUUAACUUGGAGAAAAAAUUGCAAAAUAUGGUGGAAAAAAUGUUCUGCAUGAAAAGAGGAGGAAAAAAAACCCAACCCUUUAUGAUCUCAGUCAGCAGAUUUAUUCUACUUGAGAAAAAAAAGAAACAACUUCAUUGGAAGCAGAUGUUGACACUGUGUCAGUUAUUGAAGAUGGAAAGGGUUCACUUGAGCCAUUGUGGUUACAAAGGGGUAUCGAUGGCUGUUAAAAUUCCUGUGAUUGAGUAUCUUCACAGCAGACAGGACAGCAGAAAAGCUGAAACUAUGAGACCAAGACUGAAAUCAGCCUGCCAAUUUUAAUGUACAGGACCCUAAGGACUCAGUUGUUUUUUUUUUUUUUUUUCCCUCCUUCAGGAUAAAAGACAUAUCUUUCAAAAAAUUUAAGGUGGUUUGAGAGAGAAAUUAAAAUGUAUUCUCUAAAAACAUAGCCCUAGAAUCCUUUAAAUCUGUUAUUAAGCAUUAAAACUAUUAUUUAAGUCAUUUUAGAAAAAUCAGGGUAAAAAUUUAGUUUAAUAAUAUAUGUUGAAGAAACAGACUCACAGACAUAGAGAACAGAGUUGUGGUUGCUGAGGGAGAGGUGGGGCGGGAGG